CUCCACCCUGCGCCGAACGACCAGCUCGCCCUUGCAACUCCACCAGGCGAGCCUCCUUGGCGCACUCCUUCUUAACAGCCCAUCCCCUGCAUUCCUUCUCUCUUCCUCUUGUUCUUGCAUUCUACAUUUUGCAUAUUCAUCCACGCACCAUGUCGUCCACUGAGGGAAAGACUAUUACCUGCAAGGCCGCCGUCGCCUGGGAGGCUGGCAAGCCCCUCUCGAUUGAGACUGUCGAGGUCGCUCCUCCCAAGGAGGGCGAGGUCCGUAUCAAGAUCCUCUACUCGGGUAUCUGCCACACCGACGACUACACCCUCUCCGGCAAGGACCCCGAGGGUGCCUUCCCCGUCAUCCUCGGCCACGAGGGCGGUGGUAUCGUCGAGUCGGUCGGCGCCGGCGUCACCGACGUCAAGGUCGGCGACCACGUCGUUCCCCUCUACACUGCCGAGUGCAAGCAGUGCAAGUUCUGCCUUUCGGGCAAGACCAACCUCUGUGGUGCUGUCCGCGCUACCCAGGGCAAGGGUGUCAUGCCUGACGGAACCUCGCGCUUCACCUGCAAGGGCAAGCCCCUCUUCCACUUCAUGGGCACCUCGACCUUCUCGCAGUACACCGUCGUGUCCAAGUACUCGGUUGUCGCCGUCGACCCCAAGGCGUCGCUCGAGAAGGCCUGUCUCCUUGGCUGUGGUAUCACCACCGGCUACGGAGCUGCCACCAAGACCCCCGGCAUUGAGAAGUCCAACGUUGCCGUCUUCGGUAUCGGCUGUGUCGGCCUCUCGGUUAUCCAGGGUGCCCGCGCCAAGGAGGCCACCCGCAUCUUCGCCAUCGACACCAACCCCAAGAAGAAGGAGUGGGCUGAGAAGUUCGGUGCCACCGACUUCAUCAACCCCCUCGACCUUCCCAAGGGCCAGAGCGUUGUCGACUACCUGAUCGAGAAGACGGACGGCGGUCUCGACUUCACCUUUGACUGCACUGGCAACGUGCAGGUUAUGCGUCAGGCACUCGAGUCGUGCCACAAGGGCUGGGGCGUGUGCAACAUUAUCGGUGUUGCCCCCGCCGGUGCCGAGAUUGCCACCCGACCAUUCCAGCUCGUUACCGGCCGUGUCUGGAAGGGUUCGGCCUUUGGCGGUGUCAAGGGCCGCACCGAGCUCCCCGGCCUCGUUGGCGACUACCUCGACGGCAAGCUCUGGGUUGACCAGUUUGUCACUCACCACGAGACGCUCGACAACAUCAACAAGGGCUUUGACGACAUGCACUCUGGCGACUGCAUCCGUUGCGUCCUCGACAUGCAGGACCAGUAAAAGGUGGCGUGGUGGUCAUUGGGCCAUCGGCGAUCAACUAGGUGUAGUAGUGUUUGAUGCAAUGAUAAUGUCG